CAGAGGCAGCUUCUAGUUUCACGUGUUUUGCUGCCGGGAGCUUUGAGGAGAUGGGGCUGAGCUGGGAGUCCGCCAUGGAUGCAUUGACCUAUGAGGAUGUGCAUGUGAAUUUCACGCAUGAAGAGUGGGCUUUGCUGGAUCCUUCCCAGAAGAGUCUCUACAAAGAUGUGAUGCUGGAAACCUACUGGAACCUCACUGCUGGUACAAAUGGGAGGAUGAGAAUAUUGAAGAACACUGUCAAAGUUCUAGAAGACAUAGAAGGUACACUAUCUUCAAAGAUACAAAAAUAUCCAAUACUCAAGAGGAUCUUUAUGAAUGUAAGCAACAUGACGAAACAUUUGGAUCUGAUUCGUCUUUAAAAGUCCAUGAAAGGACUCAUUUGAAAGUAAAAAACUAUGGAUAUAAUCAAAGUAUUAAAGACUUUCCAUGUCACAAUCUCAAUCAAGUAUGUACAACUCAUACUAGAGAGAAAACAUAUGGAUUUCAUCAAUGUGAUACACUCAUUGCUUAUAUUAGUUAUCUUCUAAUACGUGAAAGAAGUCCCACUGGAGAGAAACCUCAUAAAUGUAAUCAAUGUGGUAAAGCCUUUGCAUGUAAAAAUGUUCUUCACAGGCAUGAAAGCAGUCAUAUUGGAGAGAAACCCUAUGGAUGUAAUCACUGUGGCAAAGCCUUUCCAUA